GGUUGAAGUUGUGGAAGAGGAGAUGGUUUGUUUUGUCUAACUACUGUCUCUUUUACUAUAAAGACAGUAGGGAGGAAUGUGUGUUAGGGAGUCUUCCUCUCCCCAGCUAUAAGAUUUUAUUCUGCUCUCCAAGAGAGUGUAAAAACAGGAAGUAUGCUUUUAAGGUGGUUCAUCCGGGAAUGCGUUCAUACUUGCUCAGUGCUGAUACUCAGGAGGACAUGUUGGGUUGGGUCAGGGCACUCAGCCAAUCGGCAUGCAUGGAGACUGAUGACCUAAUCAACAGACGCUGCUCCAGCUAUCAUGACUUCUCUCAGAUAGGGGGCAGCACUGAGUCGUUGAACCCUCUCAAUGCGCACAGGACCCAGAACAAGCCAUCUCAUUGCACUGCAAGAAGUGUGGACAGGGUGGAUCACAGAUGCAGAGACAGAGCAACACACAGUUCUGAUACUCGAAUUCGGUCUCUGAGUUUGGACCGCACAGGUGAAGAUCACUUCCUAUGUCAGGGUUCAGGUCCAUCAAUCCCCAGAAGUCAUUAUGAGUCACACUCUCACAGCCCAGUAGGCAGAGUUAACCUACGACCUCAGGAGGCUCAUUCUGAUCAGCUGCCCCCCUUACCCCCCUCCAGAAUUAACCAUAAUCAUCCAGGUCCUCUCCAUCACAGCACUGCUUCUGGGUGCACGUUUCCAUCAAGUAUGUGUGAGAACGAGACACACACACUCACAGCACUACAGGGAGAUACAGACAUGGUUCUGACUUGUUUGUGUGGCUGUGACAAAGUACUACAGACUCUCUCUGUAGAACUGGAUCUCCUACAACAGGAUAAGGAACAUGCUGAGUUUGCCUUGGGCAUGUCUCGUAUAGAGCUGGGCAGAGGGCAGUUGAAUAAACAGUAUAUAUCCCAGAAGGCUCUGCUACAGGAGGAGCUGGUCACCAUCAGAGCCAGAAUGUGUGAUAUAUCACAGGAGAUGGAGAGGGUGUGGUUGGACUACAAGAGGAUGGAGAGUGAACUGUGUGUGUUUCGUUCUCACCUGCAGCAUAUUUGCCAUUUUGGACUUCCACAGGAACGCUCCCUGGCUCAGAAGCAGAUCUGGAUGAUGGAUGAUAUUCUGAGUGGUUUGAAGCCCAAUAAGAGUCGAUUUAAAGCACUGAUGGCUUUACACACACCAACAAUGUUUCCACUCCUUCACAACUCAUCCCACCAUCCAGAGGAAAGUGUGCACUUCUGGGGAGAGGAGUUAGAACCACCAGCUCGCCCCCCUUUGCCUCUGGAGUUGGACAGCAACAAAGACAGCAAAAAGCUGGGGCUUGAUUGGGCAGAGCCAAAUUACACACUGGUGUACAACCCUGCGACAAUGAACACACACUCUUCUACACAUACCAACACACACACAGCAGAAUCACAUUCUUUGUGUUUAGGGGAGGAGUCUGAUCAUUCUAAACAGAUGCUCUGGAGGUUGGAACAGAAAAAAAUGCAAAAUAAGAGGAACCGAAGUCCAGACAAUCAGAUGAGCAUAUCUGAUAAACCCCACCCACUUACUGAGUCCACUCCUGUGUGUGUGAUGUGUGUAAUGAAGGCAGAGCUUCCUUCAGCUCUCACUGCACAGAGAGUGUGUGUGAAGGAAUCAUACCCUGAGGAGGACAAAAUAAACACACUGAGUUAUAAACAAGAAGAUCAGCAUGAUACCAAUAAUGUUGAUGUCUCUGUUGUAAACAGAGAAGCUGAUUUAGUCAUGACAUCUGAACAAAGACACACAAAGCACAAACAAGUGGAACGCAUCAGAGAGCGAGUACCAAAGAGUGCUUUGAGACGGAGUGACUCUGCUCAUCCUUUGAAAUUCAUUGAUAUCAGAGGAUCUGGUCAAAGGUCUACAGACUCCCGACACACUGAUAGAGUUUGUGUCCAUGACAAUAUGUGGAUGAUUGAGAGUGAUGUACCUGAAGCACCACCCUCACUCAGUGACAUAAAGCCUUCAUCAACAAAUCACAUUUCAACACUCACGAUAAACAACCUUGUGACUGAGGAAACAGAUCAGAGUGGGAACUGCUCCACUUCUACCAAUCAGAGGGCAGAAUGGUUUCUCUCCACCAACCACUGGCAGGAGUUCAUUCCCCUCAACAUUCAGGAAGAGGAGCUUUCACCAAUCAAUCAGCAUUCAGACACAUCAACCAAUCAGGAUUCAGAGAUGUCAUCCAAUCAAACUCACUUUAGAGGAAAGUUGAACAUGACUACAUCAUUAGUUGCCAUGAAAACGCUUAAUCAAAACAAUCCUACACCCUCAGACCCUCUCUCCCAUCAACCAACAGGGACUUCCUCUGACAGUCACAUGACACAUUCUAACCACUUAGGAAGGGAGCUAUGCACUGAUGAGGAAAUUCCAUAUAAAGCUCCAAAAUCAGUCACUGUGGAUGAUAGGAGUGUAGUAGGUGGAGCCAAAGUCCAACAAUCAAACCUUUCCACCAUUCACAAUGCUGAUUCUCAUCUGUCUCUCAAUAAGCAAGCAUCAUUAGAAGUUGGGGGCAGUGACAGUGGAGUCAUGAGAGAAGAAGCAGCAAAAGAAACAGGAAGUGAUAUCGUGAUCAGUUCUAAAACUAAACAGCCAAUUUACAGUUGUUGGAGUAAGAACUCAGUAACCAAUCCCAGUGAUUCCUUUUGCAAACCGCGGGUUACCGUGGUGAGCACCAGCUUAUAGGGAGAGAUAAUUACAUAAUCUCAUCUCAUUAUCUCUAGCCGCUUUAUCCUUCUACAGGGUCGCAGGCAAGCUGGAGCCUAUCCCAGCUGACUACGGGCGAA